UGUUUGGGAUCGCUUACACACCAAGGCAGUGGCGCUCUGAGGAGAAUUCCAUCCCUCUACCUUUGAGGAGAAUGCUCCCCAUCUCUUCUGUCCCCCAGUUUUUGAGGAUUUCUCCCUCUGUCCCUCGGAAGACUAUGUUUCUUAUAAAGCCCGUGUGCAUCUUUCUUGUCACUUGUGCCCUCCACCUCAGCCAUGCCUGGUCAGUGAACAAUUUUCUGAUGACUGGUCCAAAGGCUUACCUGGUCUACUCCAGCAGCGUGGCAGCUGGUGCCCAGAGCGGUAUUGAAGAAUGCAAGUACCAGUUUGCUUGGGAUCGCUGGAACUGCCCGGAGAGAGCAUUACAGCUGUCCAGCCACGGUGGACUCCGAAGUGCUAACAGGGAGACAGCGUUUGUGCACGCCAUCAGUUCUGCUGGAGUUAUGUACACCCUGACGAGAAACUGCAGCCUUGGAGAUUUUGACAACUGUGGCUGUGAUGACUCCCGAAAUGGACAACUGGGAGGCCAAGGCUGGCUCUGGGGAGGCUGCAGUGACAACGUGGGCUUCGGAGAGGCAAUUUCCAAGCAGUUUGUGGAUGCCCUGGAGACAGGACAGGAUGCCCGCGCCGCCAUGAAUCUGCACAACAACGAAGCUGGCCGCAAGGCGGUCAAGGGCACCAUGAAACGCACGUGUAAGUGCCACGGCGUGUCUGGCAGCUGCACCACGCAGACGUGCUGGUUGCAGCUGCCCGAGUUCCGGGAGGUGGGCGCACACCUGAAGGAGAAGUACCACGUGGCGCUCAAGGUGGACCUGCUGCAGGGCGCGAGCAACAGCGCGGCGGGCCGCGGCGCCAUCGCCGACACCUUCCGCUCCAUCUCCACGCGCGAGCUGGUGCACCUGGAGGACUCCCCAGACUACUGCCUGGAGAACAAGACCCUGGGGCUGCAGGGCACCGAGGGCCGGGAGUGCCUGCGGCGCGGGCGCGCCCUGGGCCGCUGGGAGCGCCGCAGCUGCCGCCGGCUGUGCGGGGACUGCGGGCUGGCGGUGGAGGAGCGCCGCGCCGAGACGGUGUCCAGCUGCAACUGCAAGUUUCACUGGUGCUGCGCCGUCCGCUGCGAGCAGUGCCGCCGCCGCGUCACCAAGUACUUCUGCAGCCGCGCCGAGCGGCCGCCGAGAGGCGCUGCGCACAAACCCGGGGAGAAGGCCUAAGGGCGCCCUCCUGGCUCCUUCCCUGUGCGCUUUCGGCUUGGUUUAGAGACCCAGGACAUGGAGGAACCCUGAACGGGGACCUCGCGCUUCCUAGCCCAGCGAUCCCUCGACAGGGGGAGACCGCAGUCUUUCCACGAGUGCCACUUUCCAAACGGUUUCCCGGAUUCAUCCGCAUGGUCUCCGUAUCUCAUUCGUAGGUCUCAGAACUGUUAUAAAAUUCUGCAAGUUGUUCCUGAGACAAGGACAAAGACAGGCAAGUGUGUUCACUGCACCGUACCCACUUCGGACCCCAGCUGUCGUAAUGCUGGGCCGAGCUUACCAGGCCUAGCAAGGACCCCUCUCAGAUAGAUAUUCAGAGUCCAGGUAAACGGGGGUCCUUCUCUUGCCCAAGAGAAGGCUGCACCUGCCUCCUGCGAGCCACAGCCUCUAGGCCUAGACUCCUGUGGACUUCUCAUUUCCCUACUUGCCCCGGGAAAACCAAACCAAACCAACAACAACAAAACAGAAACAGUACAAAAGAGAAAAACAGGAACAAGUAAGCCUUUUAAUAUGGGGUAAGAGGGAACCCCAAAGCCCAACUUGCAUACCAAAUGUGUUAAUCCUCCACGAUACCAUGUCCCCGACAGACUUCAUCAGCUGAGUGGUGACCCUCCUAAACACCAAAGAUACUCCAGACACGCCCAAGGGGCCCAAGAGUGGUGGAGGUCGGCAGCCGGCAGGCUGACAAUCAUUUUCUGCUCAGAGCAGCAAUCUAUACCUUGUUUCCUUCUCCACAGGAGCUUUGAGCCAAGACUGGUAAAUCAAGGCAAUUUUUAGAUCUGUGUCUCUAAAGGCAGGAUGCAGGAAGGAGGAACCAGGGCCCCAACACCUGGAUUUCAAAUAGGCAGGAUUCAGAACACUGGAUACUUACCCUAACUCCCCGACACUUGGCACACACAUACUACCCCCCCACCACACACACAUGGAAACUGUUGCUAAUAGGCUGCUCAGAACCUUGACCUUUUAAAUGUACUGCAGUCUCUAAUGUGUCCCUCUUCCCCCAGGUCUUGAACUCACUGGGAUGCUGAGAGGAAAGAGGAGUAGAAACUUAACUUGUAAGCUCUUUGCUCCCUCCCACUUUUGCAGGGUACCUGCAGCCUUCCUGGAUGGCCUGAGUAGUUAGCUUGGCCUGACUGAGUUAAUCUGCGGGGAUUAGUGAAUCACCCACAUUAACCUUCCACUAAAGCAGCCGCUUGGUUGGAAGCCUGGAGUUUGCUGUUCCUGGGCCUGACCUUCCUUCCCCGGAGAUGGGCAGUCCAGCAGGGGCUUGUUUAUGAGAUGGGCUCUGGUGACUCGAGAGCCAGCUCUGGCCACACCUUCCCCAUAGCUGCUCCUUGCCCUAGGCUAGGCCUGGGUGUGGGCAUCCACAGCCUUUCUGGAGCAGAGCCAGCCCAAUUCUUAUCUUCAUUCCUCUUCUCCUGAAGGUACAGAGCUCACUAUGCCAAAGCCCCAGGGUCUACCUUGAAGAGCAGAAUGCCUCUGACAUUUGCAAGGACAGUGGCUAAGGCAGGCCUCUGCCUCUUCUGGUCCUGUUGACACUUACGGGGGGGGGGGGGGACGGACAGGGGGGUUCUUUCUCUCCUUCAGCAGGGAACGUGCUUUAGCAGGGAACUUGCUUCUUCACUUCCAGCUCUAUCAUAAAAGGCUCCUUUUUCUAAUCUGUGCCCUUGAGUCUCCCAAGUGAUCCUUUCUUUUUCCUAAUCAAGCAACAGUAUAUAUAUGUUAAUCCCACUGUCUCACUGGACAGUUACUUGAGAGCGUACAGAAGAAAAUGUAGCAGUGUGACUGAAAAAUGUAAAGGUUCCACAUUGGAAAGAAAAGCUGCAUUUUUCCAGGGCUCUCAGCAUAGAAGUAGAAACACUGUGCUUCAAAGUUCAGAACUUUUUAAAGUCAGACUCCAAAUGCAUCAGCCUGUCUUUUCGCCCAUUGGUUUUGCUUUGUAUCCCUAAAUGGCUAUGACUGACACCCAGUUCAUUCCAGUUCUAAAGAGAACACAUUGUCCCCUUUAUGCAUUACGCCUUCAUGCAUUUGUUCACGGAAUAAACACUGGAGUGGGGACAGCUAACAACGCACCAGCAUCCCUCAGCUCACGGCUUCUUGUCUUAUACUGAAUCGCUGUGCAGACAACUGACUGGGAGGACCAGGAACCUCUGAGGUCAGCUAGUCAAACUUCUGUUUUAUAUGUUUAAACUGAUGUUGAGAAAAACAGGUGGCACAGCAACCCAGACCCCUUCCCACCUCUGGUGCACUCUCAAGGAGCCCAUCUGUCUCCGUCUGAGGAGGGAGGUCCUGAGAAGUGACGAGAACUCUCCGUGGGGUGAGCAAAACACUGUCUCCUUCCUGUCCCUGGCCUGUAAGCCUACACAUAAGCAAGGCUUUCUUUUCUUUAAAAGAAUCCCAGCCUCACUUGGCCUUAGGAGCAGGUCAGUGCAAAGAGAGAAAGGGUCGUGCUUGGCACGCUGGUAGCACAGGUGGUGGUGGGAGGGAAGGGCAGGCUGGGGCACUCGCCUAUUGUCGGUCUGGAUUGGAUGCUUCCACUCAUUCGUUUCCUUUUAAUUAACCCACAUUCCUGGAGGAGAAAUAUUUAUGUUGGCUCCCAUAGAGGCAAUCCUCAGACUGGAAAGAAGAGGGAAGAAAGCCUGUCUUAGCAAAACAAUAUCUCUAAAGAGCUCAAGGAGAGAAAAUAGGGGAACAAAAUGCCAUUAAAACAGCCUUCUACCCCCGCCAGAGUCAAUGAAAACUUCAUUUCACAUGUUAAUCCUCCACUCCGCCCCCUUCUCUCCUCACAACACCUUUUCCAAAAGUGUUUGGGAAAAGUCUUCGCAGUCAGUACACAGCUCCCUGCAGCUCAGACUUCUCCUUGUGUUAGUUCAGCCCAAGUGGGGCUCUCCUCCAGCGGCAGCUUUUUUCCCCACCCCCCCCUUUAAUUUAAACAAAGACUUCAGAGUUCAUCAACCUCCCACUGAAAUUCACAGCUGCUGAACAAACUAAUCCCCUCUCCCCGCCUUUCUUCCCUUCAAUGGGCUCUUGGCUUCAAAGACACUUUGGGAAAGGACUUUGCUGGGACUCACACUGCUUCAUCAAUAGAAGUUAGCACAAGUAUUAUCUGAAGAGCAAGUGGCUUUACAAACAAAUACUACCUAACAAUCCCUCCCUCCCAAACACACGCAUCUAGCCUGCAGACAUGAUGGGAUCGACAACAGGAUUAGGGCUGGAACCCCCGGGCUUCACACCCAGGCCCUUUGUGCAGCUGAGCUCGGCCCUGAAGUGGUGUGGGGGAAACCCUGCAGCUAACUGUCAGGCACAAAUGGAGACAGAAAGACAGACAGACAGACAGACAGACAGACACACACACACACCAAGCACUGUGGCUACAGACGUUGCAAGGAAAGGCCUACAGCAGAAGUGCGGGGUCUGCACUUUACAAGUUAUUUUCCUGGGCUGGAGAGAUGGCUGCUCUUCAAAGGACAUGGGUUCAAUUCCCAGCACCCACAGGGUACCCUCAUCCAGCCUCCAUAGGCCCCAGGUACACAGUACAUAGACAUGCAUGCAAGCUCAACACUCAUACACAAUUUUUUAAAGUUCUUUUCUUCAAUUUUGGAGUCCUUAUCUCUCCUGCCUUUCUCUGUAGCACAGGAAGCAAUACCUCGAUAUUCUUGGAAGAGAGGCAUCAGCAAAGUAGGAUCCAGAGGAGACAAUGAUUGGGAAACGACUUUGGAAAGCAGAUCAAUCCACUUUAUUGCACUGUUAAGAGGUCAGCAUGAAAAUGUGGCCAGAGAAAGCAGUUUGGGACAUAAGAGAGCUGAGUGGAAGAAGGACCCUGAUCCUUUCAGAAGCUAGGCUCUGAUGCCAGAACUGGGCUUAAAAUUCACAGAUAGUUUAAGGCCUGGGCCAGGCUUCAGCCUGGGCGGUGUCAAGAGUCAUUCUUCUAGAGCAGUGGUCUUCAACCUUCCUAAUGCUUCGGCCCUUUAAUACAGCUCCUCAGGUUUUGGUGAAACCCCCAAUCAUAUAAAUGCUUUCAUGCUACUUCAUAACCGUAGAUUCACUACUGUGAUGAUUCAUAAUGUAAACAUCUGAUAUGCAAA